UAAUUUGUCUGCUUCAUGAAGAAAGUACGCUUUGAAACUUCUUUGAAUAAUAGUGCCAUGAACGACUUAGACUGUCAGUCUCCGAGGCCAUAUCUCGAAAAAAAGAGUAUUUCUGAUGUACCUUGUAUUGAAUAUGACUUUGCUAGAGUUCUGCCAUAUAAUAACGAUCCUCUACAAAGAUAUGAGUGUGGUAACGGUUCCCCAUACCCUACAAUUAACAAGACAUGUUUAACAGAAUUAUCUAAAAUAGAAUCAAAGUGGACACCUUCGAAUGAUUUAGAUCUAAGUUUGUUAGAUACGUAUGCUAAAAUGCCGAGGAGUAGUUUCCAAGACACAAAUAUGUUCAAACAUCAAACCCCUAAUGGACCUUCAUGUGUAGAAAACAAUAUCUGUAAUAAUGUCAAUCCGUCAUCAAGAGUUCUUACUUCAUUAGAAAAUAAGUAUCAAAAUCCUCCCAACACUUUGAAUAAAAAUGACGAUUUUUUCUUACAACGCAACAAUUUACAUCAAAUGUCUUGUCAGAAUAUAGAAAGUCAAUUCAAAAAAUUUACUUUAUAUAAGGAAAAUAAUCCUUUGGCUGCCAAAAAUGAGCUAAUUAAAAUAGGUGUCACAAAACCCUUAGAUAAAGUAAGUUGUAAUACACCAAUGGAUGCUAUUGCUGUACCAACUGACCAUUGCCAAUGCCAUCAAUGUACAAGAACUCAAGUGUUUGCUACAAAUUGUGUAAGCAAAAAUAUAAGACCCUGUGGGUACAUUCAGAGUUCUCUAAGGAACAUAAAUUGUUGUAACAAACCUUGUUGUAAGCAAAUAUCAAAUCAAUGUGAACAAUGUAAUUGUAAAAUUCCCAUAUGUACUAAAAACUGUAAAAAAUGUGCAUGUGAUUCUAAUUAUUCAUUAGAUAAUGAUAUUAAUGCAGUUGAUAAGAAAACUUGGGCAUUAAAAAAAUAUGAAGAAUCGAACUCUGACACCUUAAAUGCAGAGAAACAAUUGGUCAAAGAAAAAGGUAAAGAAAAGAGAGAACCAUCAGUGGCAGAUCUAUUUAAAAUUAUAAAACUACAAAAUGAACAGUUACAACUGCUGCAGGAAAAAGUUGAUAAAUUUAUUUCCACCAGCAAGUUUGAGAUGCAAAAACAAACAUUACCCAUACAGAAUUAUGCAACUGAGCAUGUUGCUGUACAAGCUAUGGAUAAAGAACACCACAAGAUUUCAAUUGGUGUAAUGACAAGUUUCGAAGUGGUUCGAACAUCAACAAUUAUAAAUAAAGAAAUAUUGACACAGUGUAGCGAAGCUCAGAUACAAUGUAAUAGAUCACAAAUCAGUAUAAAAGAAGUUCAGCCUGUUCAUUUAAAUUUUUUAGAUGGCAUCACACCAGUUUCCAAAACUAAUGAAGGGAAACAAAAUACACCCUCUUUUGAGAAGGUGUUGCCAAUUCACACAGAAAACUGUAAUAAAGAUUGUAUUAAUGAUGAGAAAACAUACAAUGAAAUGAGCUUAUAUAAUGUGCAAGUUGACAAUGCUAUAACUCCACUCAUGUCGCCUGAACAGAGCAUGUAUUUGGAUGUAAGAGAUUAUAGCGAUUCUGAAUCUGAGCCUGAAGACCAAUCCAAUGUUGGAUGGACCUAUUACAAUAAAGUUAUGGCACAUGUUAAUGGCAUGCUGCAUGAUUCAGAUAUGCCUUCAUCAGCCAGUGCAUUGUACAGGAAUACACGUCAGAAAUGUAUGCAAAUGAAAAUUGACAAAACUAAUGUUAGUGUAAUAAAGAGAGUAAAAUUUGGUGACGAUCCCAUUGUACCGCAACAACAAGUUCUAACUGCAUCAACUGAUACAAGUUUAAAGAUGAAACAGCUUGCUGCCAAGUAUUUAAAGAAUGGACAUGUUAAUAUGCAGGCGGAAUCACUCAGACCUUCUGCACCAAUUGACAUGUCAUUUGCAACUAGAAAUUAUAUGGAAAAACAUCAACUACUUCAAGGUAUACCAAUGAAAUCAAGUAACGGACAUGUGCCUGUCGAAAUGCCGAGGUUCUUAGACAUCACUGCAUUGAAACAGCAACCAAAAUUAUUGUAAUACAAUAUUACUUUUAA